AUGAAAUCCUCGGCUCUUGAGGCAGUACCCCACUGGAUCACCAUUGCGGGCGAACCGCAGUGUGACGUUGAUGGGUUGGAGCUGGAAAGACAGUGGGAUGAAUGUUUCGAGGGAAUGCUGAGCCGACGCGAUGCUGAGCCGAACGCCAGCAAGCGAGUGCGACAGCACCGCUUUGAUGUCAUGGCUCGCGGUUUGAAGACCGCGCAGUGGAUGAGCAACGGGGCACUGGCCGCUGCUGUGAAGGUGGGAGCCAAUCGGAGAAUGCGCUUGCGAUGCGAGCAGGAGGAUCUGAUGAACGAGCUUCAUCUUGAAAGACAGGCAGCGGAAGAGCUCCAGACGGAGCUCUCCAGCGAGAUGCGCGAGCUUCGCGACCGCUGUCACGAGCAGGGCCAAACGGUGGGGCUGCUGACGCAACGCUUAGCGGAUGCUCGCAGUGCCAUUGCUGGGGAACUCCAAGACGCUGCAGCAGAGCGUGCUGCCCUGGGAGCUGAGCUCUCCGAGCGCUAG